AACUGUUAUUCUUUGGAUUAUUUUUCCAUAGUGUGCUCUAAAGCUAUCUUUCCCGUGAGGAACGCGGAAACCAAACUUGCUGAAAGGCCAGGCGAGUGGUCAACCGUAUUUCGUUGGCAUUGUUCCCGGAGACAGAGACACGGUGGCACAUGCAAAGAAUCCACCGUCCUCAGGUUCAUGCGGUUUAUGGGAAAACAGAAGAGUUCGUCGCCUGUGUGUAUGUUGGUUUCAUGGGACUGCAAUGUUCUACGCUUCUCCGGUUCACUGGUGAAAUUGGAAUCUGCGGAGGAGUGACAUGAACCCGUUUUCUCAAUUUCUUCGGUAGAAGCCAGUUUUCCCCUUUCUUUGCUGCUAGGAUGUCAGCAAGGAGGUCUCGCACGUUGUUUCGCGUCCUACGUUUUUAGUGCAUAGAACAAGUGACCUGUUUGCAGCAUUCUCACUGCGUUUAUUCUUCUCUUUGCCCUAGUUCAAGGAACAAUGAGAAACAGUGGAAAGCUGUCAACCCUCGGACUCGGCGUUGGGGCCGUGGUUCUCCUUACAGCGUCAGCGCAGUUUCUGGUUAGCAGUGGAGCCGCGUCCGAUUUUCACGAAGCAGCAAACGUCUCAGGACACCGCGAAGAAUCCAGGAAAUUACUCCCGGCAGAAUUUUUGCUCUGGGGCACGAACGAGGCAGGUAUCUCUGUGGCAGAACAACCGCCAAUGCUCCGCAAGAGAACCGUAAUUUUUUUCUCGCGCGGGGGUUCAGAUUCUUUGGACAGCAGCGUGUUACCGGGCACUGUGAAUCUGCCACAUAGCGAAGACUUAGCUUUGGCAGCAGCUGCGCAGGCGAACUCACAGUUCCCGAACGAGGUCACUGAAGCACGGAACAGCCUUGACGAAGCCCGACACAGAGGCAUCAGGAAAGAUGCUGAGGGCUGCCUUUCGCCAACGGACCAACACAUUAUUACUGGCAAUUUUCUUUCUUCGCUGCCACAGCAGCUUGAGGAGCCGAGUGGGGACUCGAGCGUUACUUCUCGGCACCCCUCCACGCUAUUCUACGAAAUUCUUUUCUCUUGCGGGCGCCGAGCAUUCGGCAACGAGGAAAGAACGACCGCAUGUGUGCAGCACGAACUGGGAGUACAACUUGGCUACCAUCUUACCACUGGGUGCAUGCGUUGCUUUGCCAAAAGUGUAGCGUGCACUGCGGCAAACUGCAGGGGUGUGUGCAUGCUCGACAGCUGCGCAGAACGCUGCCUUCAGUGUUCCGAGGACCACUGCAAAACAGGCCUGCUCGCAUGCACGGAACUAUCUAGCGUCCCCCCGCCGUGUGUUGAGGACCAGGUGGCCUCCUCGAUUGUGCGCAGCAGAGUCCCGCUUCCACUUGGCCGCCGUCUUCGAGGUUUCGGCAGGGCUGUUCAACUCUCGUACACGACCACCAGCGCGCGGACAUCUCUUGCAGCGCCUACCCUGCAGCCGAAGUGAAAAACUAGAGAUUGUCGUAAUUGGAGUUGUCCGCAGGUCAGAACCAGGCGUUUGGUGCGCGGUGGUUCAUUCCGAGCUUUUUAAAACCAAGGGAUACGCCUGGUGUAAUAAAUCGCACCAGCAACCUUGCGGUCGCCCAGAUUACAAUCGCACCUCCUGCGGCACUAUGCACUAUUCUUGGAGUGUGCAAAUUAAAUUGUCGGACAAGCGGAAUCUGAGGAUCUCGCGUGCCAAGACUCUAGUGGAAUCAGGAGUUUGAUGGCAGGGAAAGAGAGUGUCGAGGAAGGCAGGUGCGCAGCUUACCUAGGAGCCGCUCAACUGAAUACGUGCAUUCAAUUCAGUUUCCCUUUAGACGUGAUAUGUAAAAUUCAGGUAAUAAAGAGAGUCCAGUGCUCGUGCUAG